ACUUUCAACUGUUCCUGAUUUUACUGUUCGCGAACAGAAGAGUUGAAGCAAACUUCUUCACUUCAGCUUUCCUCGAUUACUCUUCGCUUCGCUUCAUAAACUCUACCGCUUGAUCGCUAUCCAAUUUUCUCCGGUCAUACGUCGUCAUUUAUUUGUGUGCAAUUGAUGCCAUGGACUUAGUCGACGGAAACUAUGAGCUCAGGGAGAUCCAGAAACUCCAAGGCCACACCGAUAGGGUUUGGAGCAUCGCCUGGAAUCCAGCUAGUGGAACUGGUGACAUUCCUCCGGUAUUUGCUUCUUGUAGUGGCGAUAAGACUGUACGAAUCUGGGAGCAGAGCCCUUCCUCUCGCUUUUGGGACUGCAAGGCAGUUUUGGAAGAGACACACACAAGAACUGUUCGAUCCUGUGCCUGGUCGCCAUCUGGGAAAUUAUUGGCCACCGCAAGCUUUGAUGCCACUACUGCCGUUUGGGAAAACAUUGGGGGUGAUUUUGAAUGUGUUUCUACUUUGGAGGGUCAUGAAAAUGAAGUCAAAAGUGUGUCUUGGAAUGCUUCUGGAUCUCUGCUUGCAACAUGCAGUCGAGAUAAAGCUGUGUGGAUUUGGGAAGUAAUGCCAGGGAACGAGUUUGAGUGUGUUUCAGUAUUGCAAGGACAUAAACAAGAUGUUAAAAUGGUCAAGUGGCAUCCAACCAUGGACAUUUUGUUUUCUUGUAGCUAUGAUAACACCAUUAAGGUUUGGGCUGAGGAUGGUGAGGGUGAUUGGUGCUGCGUCCAAACCUUGAGUGAACCCAACAGUGGUCACACUUCUACUGUUUGGGCACUUUCUUUUAAUGCCGAAGGAGAUAAAAUGGUUACCUGUAGUGAUGAUCUUACGCUAAAGAUAUGGGAAACAGAUAUUGGAAGAAUGGUAUCUGGUGAUGUCCGCACACCUUGGACUCACGUUUGCACUCUAUCGGGUUAUCACGAUCGAACUAUUUUUUCAGUUGACUGGUCAAGGGAAGGUAUUAUAGCCAGUGGAGCAGCUGAUGAUGCCAUUCGAUUUUUUGUGGAGAGCAAAGAUGGUUUGGUUAACGGUCCUACAUAUAAACUAUUGCUGAAAAGUGAAAAGGCUCAUGAUAUGGACAUAAAUUCAGUGCAAUGGGGACCUGGGAUCUUUCGGGUACUUCCUACAAACAGGAGAAAUUAUUCAAUACAACCUUUGUAUACAUAGUGAUUAUAUAUUGGCCAUUCAUUAUAGUGGGUCCUACACGGGACCCAUUGUAAUACAACAUACGGUGGUUGCAUUAAAAGAUGUUUCCACAAACAGCCCUAGGUGAUUAGGAGUUCCGAGUUGGACCAUUCCUUCCCGUAGACUAAUGGUUUUUCGGGCCUACGUCUUUUUCUUUUCUAUUUUUCUUUUUUUAAACCGGAUCUUCAAUGGAGAGAAAUUGAGAGAUACGGGGUGGGGAGAAGUGAUUAUCAGUCCUAGUGUGAAUGAUGCCUGAAUAUCCUUAAUUUAUCUCCCUCGACGGUCCCUUGGUAACGCGGCACCUAAUAAUAUCUUUCUGUA